AUGCCUGGGGCUGCAGCAGCAAUAUGUCUGCAGCAAGAAAUCGAUUGGCUCGCCAAAGCGGCUGCGCAAAGCCUCGACUGGCGGAGACACAAACCCAAGCAGCAGCAGCAGCAGGAGGAGUUUGUGCUGCAGCAGGGAGCAGCAGCAAGCGCAUGCAUUGUCUUUGUUGGGGCUGCAGCAGACAGUAGAGACAGAAGAGAGACAGCUGUGGAGACACCUCGCGGAGACACAGCCAUUUCAGUUCGCCGGCGGACACCACCUGCUGCGGCUGCUAGACAGGGACCUGCAGCGCCUGCAGCAGCAGCAGCAGCAGCAGCAGCAGGAGCUGCAGCAGGAGCAGCAGCAGCAGCAGGAGCAGCAGCAGCAGCAGGAGCUGCAGCAGCAGCUGCAGCAGCAGCAGCAGCAGCAGCAGGAGCUGCAGCAGGAGCUGCAGCAGGAGCUGCAGCGGCGGCAGGAGGAGCAGCAGUUGCAUCGGCAGGAUCAGGCCUCGUGGAUUGCUGA